ACGAGGGUGUACAUGCAGUUGUUUAUAGGUAUCCAACUUUUCCAGUCCGUGCGUUCCUUGUGUUAGAGUACCUUGGCAAUGGUAACCUUAAGACAUAUCUCCAUAAAAGCCGCAGUCACAACACCUAUAGUAAUCUGCAUGGCGGAAGUAGUAAAUUGACGUCACGGAAUAUAUUGUCAUAUGCUCUAGAUUCUGCCAAAGGAAUGGCUCACAUAUCUAGAUAUAAGUUCCUGCACCGUGACCUGGCCGCCAGGAACAUACUGGUCAGUGACAACAUGGUGUGUAAGGUGUCCGACUUUGGUCUGGCUCGUGACGUCAUUAACAGCAGGGAGUAUCUCAGCAGGAUGGAGAGCCCUCUCCCUAUCCGCUGGAUGGCACCAGAAUCCAUUUCUGCCAGCGUGUAUACCACUAAGAGUGAUGUGUGGUCGUUUGGUGUUCUUCUCUGGGAGAUUGUCACUUUAGGAGCUACCCCCUACCCUGGUAUUACGUCUGGACGAGAACUAAUACGUGAGAUCAGGUCAGGAUACAGAAUGGAGAAACCUCAACACUGUACACAGGAAUUGUACAAUAUGAUGAUGUUGUGUUGGGAGGAGGAACCGACAGAACGCCCGACGUUCGACAAUCUUGUCACCAGUCUUAGAGGCAUGGCUAAUGAAGAGAUGAAACUUCACGUGGACGUAGACAGAGCUGCUGAGACCGUGUACUGUGAUAUUGACAGCCAGCUGGUUGGGGAGAUAGUUUAAUGUCAAUAUGUUGAAAUACGGCAUUAGAUGCCUGUUAGUUACAUUCGACAAAAACAUUUAAUUAUUAUUUCCCAGUUGCGAUCUGUUAGUUAAAUGAGUAGGAAAGGUGUUAUAAAAGAGGGUGUGAUGCAAAAGAUGUUUUGACUAAAUUACAUUUGCCAUGCCUGUAUAAAUUAAAUUUCGUGUGGCGUCCGUCGAAACGGAAGAUAGCAGUGUGAAUGCAACCGAAUGGAUUCAUGGCCUCCGUAGAUUCUAUGUUUUUUUUCAAACUAAACAUUCAACAUAUUUUAAUCCAAAGCCCUUGGACCGUAGAAAUAUCGUCGAAGGCAUUGCACAGUCCCAAUACUGGCAUCUAGAUGAUGUUUGAACCUGCAGCUUUUUGGAGAAACGGUGAAUCACGGACACAUGUUGUUUUUUCUAUAGUCAUUGAAUUUCAUUCCAGGAAUUUGCAUAAUCACGAAGUCCUCUGAAUUGUAAACAUCAAAAUAAGACACUGAUAGAUUCUGUAGACAAAUUGUAGACCCUGGACAUUUUAAAAAGGAACUUUUUAAGCAAUAUUAUAUUUUAAUUUUUGUAAGAAUACUUUUUACGAAUAAUUGUACUUAGUUCAUAGUUUUAAUUUU